CCUCCAGUACCGUGGGUGGCGCUGAGGCGCAGCGCAGUUUAACGUCUCGCUCGUCUGUGCGCAAACACACGUGUGAAGAUGGAGGAGGAUACGCUGCACUUUCAUGAGAUGGGUUUAGAUGAUCGGCUGUUAAAGGCUCUGGCAGAUUUAGGCUGGUCUCAGCCCACCCUCAUCCAGGAGAAAGCCAUCCCGCUGGCGCUCGAGGGGAAAGAUCUGCUGGCCCGAGCUCGAACCGGAUCAGGAAAAACCGCAGCCUACGCGAUCCCUCUCAUCCAAAGAAUCCUCACGUCCAAACAGACUGUACGUGAGCAGGCCGUCAGAGCUCUAGUCCUGGUCCCGACCAAAGAACUGGGUCAGCAGGUCCAAACCAUGAUCCGACAGCUCACUGCGUUCUGCGGCAGAGACGUACGAGUGGCCGACAUCUCCGGGAAAGCAGAUAUAUCAGCACAGAAGCCGAUUUUAAUGGAGAAGCCGGACAUUGUGGUGAGCACACCGUCCCGUGUUCAAGCCCACAUUAACUCCCAGAACCUGCAGCUUCAGUCUGCAUUAGAGAUGCUGGUCAUCGACGAGGCUGAUCUUGUCUUCUCGUUUGGGUUUGAAGCGGACCUGAAAAACCUGCUGUGUCACUUGCCCAAGAUCUACCAGGCGUUCCUCAUGUCUGCGACGCUGAAUGACGACGUCCAGGCGCUGAAGGAGCUGGUCCUCCACAACCCUGUGAUGCUGAAGCUCCAGGGCUCUCAGCUGCCCGACAGCUCUCAGCUCCAGCAGUACAGCGUCCGAUGUGAGGAGGAGGACAAGUUCCUGCUCAUCUACACCCUCCUGAAGCUCGGCCUGGUUCAAGGGAAGUCGCUCCUGUUCGUCAGAGACGUGGACCGCUGUUACCGGCUCAAGCUGUUCUUGGAGCAGUUCAGCAUCCCUGCUUGCGUCCUGAACUCUGAGCUGCCCAUUCACUCCAGGUGUCACAUUAUCACUCAGUUUAAUCAAGGCUUCUACAAUUACAUCAUCGCCACAGACGAACAGGGCCUGGAGAAUCCCGCUCGACGUUCCCAGAAAACACAGGAGAAAGGAAAGAAGAAAAAAGGUAAAGACAAGGAAUAUGGCGUUUCCAGAGGAAUCGAUUUCCACAACGUGUCUAAUGUGAUCAACUUUGAUUUUCCCUCUUCAGUUGAGUCCUACAUCCACCGCGUCGGCAGAACGGCUCGUGCGGAUAAUUCCGGGAGCGCGCUGUCCUUCAUAUCGCAUACAGAAAUUCCCAUGCUCACGCAGGUCGAAAACAUUCUUACUGGAGACAGCACACAUGACAGUGUCUUGAAGCCGUACGGGUUCAAAAUGGAAGAAAUCGAGGGAUUCAGAUACAGAUGCCGGGAUGCCAUGAGAUCGGUGACGAAGCAGGCGGUGAAGGAGGCCAGACUGAAGGAGAUCAAACAGGAGCUGCUCAAUUCAGAGAAACUCAAGACGUACUUCGAAGACAAUCCCAGAGACCUGCAGCUGCUGCGACACGACAAAGACCUUCAUCCCGCCGUCAUCAAACCUCACCUGAAGAACGUGCCCGAUUACCUGGGUAACAAUUCAUUGCCUUUUUAUUGAUCUGU